UGUGCCGCUUGCGGCGCUAGUUGUGUUUGUGACAUGUAUGACACUAGUGGGUGCAUAUAACCCCCUUCAUUGCAUUAACUUAAUAUUUCUAUUGAAACAAAAUAUUGAAUGAACUCCAAUUGUUAUUAAUAAGUGAUCUAAUGGCGUCUAAUAAGCAAAAUCAGAAAAAAUUCAAGUGGACGCUGGACUUCGCCCACAGGAACAAACAGGAUAAAAAUGCAGAAUUGCCGAAUCCUCCGGGCUACACUCCAGCAGCAAGCCUCUCCCAGAGUAUUGAACACUUGAGAGAGAACGAUUCGAAUCAUCUGAUAAUCAAAAAAUCGUGGGAUCUUGCACUUGGCCCCCUGAAGCAGGUGCCAAUGAAUUUGUUUAUCAUGUUCAUGGCUGGCAAUUCUAUAUCUAUAUUCCCUAUCAUGAUGGUGGGGAUGCUGAUUAUCAGGCCUGUCAAGGCCUUAUUCACACUUCAGCAGACAUUCAAAGUGAUCGAGGGAACGCACGCAUUUGGCCAAAAGUUUGUAUUUUUCCUGGGUCAACUAGUCAACAUAGCCCUAGCCCUGUACAAAUGUCAAUCAAUGGGCUUAUUACCCACUCAUGCCUCAGAUUGGCUGGCCUUUGUUGAGCCACAGGCACGAUUGGAAUACUCAGGCGGUGGUUUAAUAUUUUAAUAAUUCUGUUCAUCCAAUUUUCUGUUCCACAAAUAAAUGGUAUCACCUUUCAAUGAUUUCUUCAAGAAUGCAUGAGUUUUGUCUUUUUUCUGGGGAAGAUUGUACGUCAUAGGCAUACCAAAUAAACAUCGUUGUUGUAUAAAUUAUAAUUUAUGUCAAUCUUGAAAAAGCCUUGAGCUUUUUGAAAAAAUCCUGAUUGGUUAUUUGUUCCUGCGAAUUUUUUAUAACGUCCACUUGAGGAAUUUAAAGAUAAUACGAAUAUAAAGUAUUCAAAAUUCAUUUUUAACUUUAUUUACAAAAAUUUUCUUCUUCAUAUGUAAAAUACAUCAGCGUUCAGCAGUUUCUUUAAGAAUUCAUAAAUUUUAUUUUUCAUUUCGGCAAGACAGUAUUGGAAAAAAAUACAGAAUAAACAUCGAUAUUACAUAA